AUGCUUUUUGUGGCUCUAGAGCAGAGCCUCCCAAAAAAGCUCUGUGAAUCAUGGUCCGACGCUUUGUUGCGCUCCCCUGAUCUCUCUUUUAAGGCCUCCAUAGCAGCUGGCAAGAUUAGAACAGAGGAGCAAAGGACACACACUUGUGCGCACACACGUACACACAUCAACCCAGACAUCCAACACGACCCUUCAAACACUCCACUGGUCCUGUUCGAACAGAAGCAGAGAAAUCAAACCGAGCAGGACUCCCUGGACCCACACAUCCAGAGAAACCUCACUCUGACUGGACAUCUGUCUAGGAAAGAUUCUACACUAAUCUACCUGGAGCCUUAUCCAGGGGCCAAUCUCCUCAGCGAUGAACAGUUUUGGUUACCGUCGGGAGCUUAGUAAGUAUGAGGACGUGGAUGAGGACGAACUAUUGGCUUCCCUCAGCCCAGAGGAGCUAGCAGAGCUGGAGAAGGAACUUGCCGAUAUAGACCCUGAUGCCAAUGUACCCAUCGGCUUAAGACAGAGGGACCAGACGGACAAGACCCCGACUGGCACCUUCAGCAGAGACUCCCUGAUGAAGUACUGGGAAAACGAGACCAAGCGGAUACUGGAGAAUGAGAGAGGGGAAGCAAGCAGCCCCAAACAGGAUGACGACGCUGAGAAGAGAGAGGAAUGCUGCGUGACAGAAAGCAACAGUGAAGCAGAGGAGACAAAAGAUGAGAGUGAGAAAGAAAAGGAUGAGCAUGAAGAGGAGGAGGAGGAGGAGGAGGAAGAGGAGGAAGAGGAGAGUGAAGAAGAGGAAACUGAAACAGAGGAAGAGCAGGAUGAACAGGAGGAAGAGAAACUGAUAACGGCAGCCCCGAAGGAUUCUGUUGUUUCCCCACCAUCGAUUACCAUCUCCUCCCCCAGCCUUCUUAGACCCAUUAGACAAACCCCGCCUCCACCCCCGAUUGACCCCAACACAGACGGCAACCCGACCGUCGUCGAUGACGCCCUUGAGAAAGUCCUCAGCAAUGACCCUGAGCUCACAGAGGUUAACCUCAACAACAUCGAAGACAUCUCCCAGGAUACCCUGAUCCGUUUCGCCAAGGCGCUGUGCUCCAACAUGCACGUGCGGGUCUUAAGCCUGGCCAACACACGAGCUGACGAUGCUGUGGCGCUGGCCCUCGCCAAAACGCUGCGGGAGAACACCUCCAUUGUCAGCCUGAACAUUGAGUCCAAUUAUGUGACGGGGAAAGGGGUUAUGGCGAUGGUCCAGGCGCUUCCUAGCAACAGCACCCUGACUGAGCUGCGUUUUCACAACCAGAGACACAUGUGUGGAGGACAGGUGGAGAUGGAGAUGGUGAAGGUGCUGAGGGAGAACUACACCCUGAUCAAACUGGGCUACCAGUUCCAGCUCCCGGGCCCCAGGAUGAGCAUGACUGGCAUCCUGACCCGUAACAUGGACCGACAGCGGCAGAAACGCCUGCAGGAGCAGAGACAGAACCAGCCAGGUGGGCUGGAGGGGGUGGUUAACCCCCGCACCAACGCUCUGAUGAAGGUCACACCGGGCUCCUCGCCGUACGGCUCCCCGCGGGUGUCACCGUGGCAGUCCCCCAAACUCCCCAAAAGACAGACCCCGCCAGGUCCACCGCCGCCGCCGCCCCCCCCUCCACCGCCGCCCCCUCCUCCCCCGCCCUGCCGCCCCCCGGCGGAGAAGAAGAAGCCGACUAGGAAGAUAGCCGAGGUGAUAAGGCUCCACGAGGGGGUCGCUAAGGGGGAGAGGGGAAAAGGGGGGAAGGGAAAGAGGGGGAAGAAAGGCUUGAAAGAGAAGGAGACCAAAAGCAUCCUUAAGGAGCUGAAAAACGCACUAAGGCCGGUGGCGGAGAAGCGAGAGCAGGAGUACAGCAGACCGCCCACCCCAAUGCGCUCCUCACACGAUCAGCUCAUGGACUCCAUCCGCAACGCCAGUAUCCAUUCCCUCAGAAAGGUGGUGGUACCACCAAGGAAGUUUGUCUUUGUCCCUGAUGAAGAGACCAUGCUGGUCUGAAGACACUUUGGAGAAAGGACUACGGAGACGAGACAUCUGCGCACACAAUAACAACUUUCAGAUUAAACUUGACUUUCCUCUUAGAAGAAACUGGAAAUUUGCACUGUAAUAUCACCUUUUACUUAUAAUUUAAGCUGUAUUUUUUUGCAGAAAGCCAUUUUCUUGUCAAGAUUUUUGCAACGUUUAACAAAUUGUUUACUGAGAAAAGUUUUUUGUAUAAUUGUAAAUAUUUUAUUUUGGUGUGUGAGGGAAAAUAUGUACUGUUUU